AUGAGCAGAAGAGUGAGUUUCAGCCCAGACGUAGACGACAUGCCAUCACCACCACCGGUAUACUUCACCAAACACGGCGGUGACAGAGCCAGCACGACGGAGCCGAUGAUGAGAAUAUGGACUUUCCGUCCACCAAAAAGCUCUGGUUUCUCCGCCAUGAGAUUCCUCGGAAGAAUCAAAGCCAAAUUCGCAAAAGCACUGGGUUUCGUUUCAUCUUCAAGAUCGUCAUCUUCACGUAGUUGCACUUUAGAAAGAUCAAAAUCUUAUGUGGAAGCAUUAGAUUCUCAUCGAGCUCAAGCCAUUGAAGACUGUAUUCAGUUCUUGAAUUCUUCUUCUUCUUCCUCUUUUCAGAGGUCAAAAUCACUUUCUUCUUUUUCCUAUUAA